UGCUGACAAAGCCAGGCGACAGUGUCAGCAGCAGUAUCUUAUGUCUUACUGAAGCCGUGUCGCCUUGGAUUCUGUCAGCAUCUGUUUCGACGCAACUUGCAGUGGACGUUUCUAAGUGCUAGUCAUUCGGAGCCAUGCAGCCGCACGCGGCGCCUAACAUGGACGCCUUCGAGCACUACUUCCAAGCGGCUGAUGCGGACAGGGACGGUCGGGUCAGCGGCGCCGAAGCCGUCGCCUUCUUCCAGGGAUGCGGCCUCCCCCAGAUGACCCUCGCCAAGGUCUGGCAAUAUGCGGAUUCCCGCCAGGCGGGUUUCCUCCACCGCCCGGAGUUCUUCCACGCCCUUCGCCUCAUCACCGUCGCCCAAUCCGGCCGCGACAUCAACCCAGACGUCGCCCGAGCCACCUUCUCAGGCCCGGCAGUGGCUCAGAUCCCCGCUCCUAGGAUCACCGUGACUCAGAGGCCCGGAGCUGCUGCCAGACCAGGGGGAGCUCCAGGUCCGGCGGGUAUGGGUGGUCCUGCUCCUGGUGCCCCUGCUGCUCCUGUUGCUCCUGCUGCCCCUGCUGCUCCUGGUGGCAUGGCCGCACCACAGAUGCAGGGAGCGUAUGGAAGAGGAAUGCCAGUGCAAGGCGCGCCGAUGCCACAAGGAAUGCCUGGGAUGGCGGGCAUGGGCCCCAUGGGGGGCAUGGGGGGGAUGGGGCCGGGUCCAGGAGGAGUGGGAAUGGGAGGAGUGGGAGGAAUGGGGCCUCGCCCAGGAAUGCAGCAACCGCAGUAUCAGCAGCAGUAUGGGCAGGGUAUGCAAGGCGGCAUGCAGGGCGGCAUGCAGGGUGGCAUGCAGGGCGGCAUGCAGGGCGGCAUGCAGGGCGGCAUGCAGGGUGGCAUGCAAGGGGGCAUGCAGAGCGGCAUGCAAGGGGGCAUGCAGGGCGGCAUGCAGGGCGGCAUGCAGGGCGGCAUGCAGGGCGGCAUGCAGGGUGGGAUGCAGGGCGGCAUGCAGGGUGGCUUGCAGGCUGGGUUUCCUGGGCCUUCGUAUGGGCGCGGUCAGCCUGGCGCUCCUAUGCCAGGUCAGCCUGGUGGUCCCAUACCAGGUCAGCCAGGCUCGAUGCCAGGUCAGCCAGGCUCGAUGCCAGGUCAGCCUGGCCCAAUGCCAGGUCAGCCAGGCUCGAUGCCUGGACAGCUGGGUUCCACUCCUUCCUGGCAGCCUGCACCAGCCAAGCCUGCGGCGGAGAAGGACCCGUUUGCAGAUUUCGGGGUACCUGGAGGCAAGAAGAGUGCCGCCCAAAGUGCCGCCCAGGGUCCCGCCCAAACGCCUGCAUCACAGCAACAAUUUCAGCAGCAGCAGUACGUGCAGCAGCAGCAGCAGCAGCAGCAGUACGCACAGCAGCAGCAGCAGCAGCAGCAGCAGCAGCAGCAGCAGGCGGCUGCAGCCCGGCAGACAGCACCACCUGCUGCUGGAGGGUUCCAAGCCCAGGCUCCUACUGCUGCUGCUGCUGCUGCUGGUGCAGGAGCGAUGGGAGGCAUGGGGGGCAUGGGGGGGAUGACUGCAACUGCUGCGGCUGCACCUGCUGCUGCUGCUGCUGCGGCUGCUGCUGCUUUUGGACCGUCUUCUUUCUCCGCUUCCUCUCAGCCCGGCCCCUCCCAGAGCACCUUACCUGGUGCGCCUGCCGCCUCUUCCCUGCCUAAAUCCGCAGCCGCAGCCGCAGCAGCAGCACUGGAUGCCUUUGGGAAGAAAGACGCACUCGUGCCUGCAGGCGCAUCCUCCUCCACUGUUGCCCUCUCAGGACCAGCAGCAGCAGGGGGGGGAACAGCAACGGAAGGAGCGGCAGGGAGGGUAGCAGGGCAAGGGGCAGGAGCAGCAGGGGGGGGGCAGGCUGGGCAGGGGCAGGAGGGCGAGGGGUUUCUGAUGGUGGCUGGGGACCCGCAGCCGUGGCCGCGGAUGGGAGUGGUGGACGCACAGCGGUAUGCAGCGGUGUUUGUGGGCGUGGAUGCGGACAGAGACGGGAAGAUCACUGGCAAGGAGGCCAGGAAGGUGCUCAUGGCGUCCCAGGUGCCCAUUGACGUGCUAAAGCAGGUAUGGGACCUGUCAGAUGAGGACAAGGACGGUAACUUGACCCUCCGCGAGUUCUGCACCGCCUCCUACCUCAUCGAGCGCUUCAAGUCGGGACGAAAGCUGCCGCCCGCGCUGCCCAAGGGGUUCCAUGUGGACGAGCCGGUGCAGGACCAGCGCACGGCCAUCGCUGCGAUGCGAUUGGCCGAGGCACAGGCGGCGCUGACUCAGCACUCGCAGGGGGUCAACGUGCCGACGUGGCAGCGCGACCCAGGAGUGCUCACAUCUCCCACCAAGGCUGCGGGCGCACCCAGAAAGGACACCAUGGAUCAGAAGAGAAAAGCUACCUUCUUUCGCGACAAGAUGCAAGAGAUUGUCAUGUUUAAGAGUCGCUGCGACUUGCGCCUUGCUGACGUCAGUGAACAGGCUGAUGUGGAGAAGAAGGAGAUGGAGGAGCUAGCUCGCAAGUACAAUGACAAGUACAAGGCAGCACAGCUGUCUGCUGGAAAACUAGCAGCAGAGGAGCGUGCAUUGCAGCAGAUGCAGGAGAAGACCCAGGUUAUCAUGAAUGCCACUUCGCGCAUCGACAGGGGAGGCGACCCCAACCAGCUACUGCAGGACAAGGCAGAUCGCCUAGCUCUAGAGGUGGAGGAGAUGCGCAAGGCUGUGUUCAACCACGCGACGGAUAUUGGGCUGAAAGUGAGGCCCCUCGUGGGUUCUGAGACUCCCUUUGGUUGGCAGGCGAAUCUUCAGGAGAAAGCAACAGACUGGGACGACGAGUGGGACGACGUUCAGGUGGAGGGUUUUGUUGUGGUGCGCGACAUUGGCGACACUCCCUUGGGCGAAAACGAAGACCCUUUCCCACAGCCGAAAUCAAAGGAGCAGGAGAAGGAUGAGGCUGCUAGGUCAGCAGCAGCAGCGGAUGGUAAGGGGGAAGGGAAGGAGGGUGGGGAGGAGGGUGGGGGAGUAGGUGAGGUGGAGAACGCGAAGGAGGGAGAGGGGAGCGGUGGGGGAGGGGGGGGAGGGGCAGCAGAAGCAAGGGCUGACGGUGCUGUGGAUGCUGCAGGAGUUGAAGGUACAGGAGGUGGGGAUAAGAAGUCGGAUAAGAAGAAGGAUGAGAAGAAGAGCGUACCUUCAGGUCCUGCUGACUUCUUUUCUCCAGAGGAGGACGAGAACUCAAACGAGGCAAUGGUGGUGGUGCAGCGGCAGGGCGGGGAUGAGGGAGAUGAAGAGGAGGAGGAGGAGGAGGAAGAGGUGGAAGAGAUAGUGAUGGAUUCGACGCCUGUGCUGCAGAUAACAGCAGGAGGGGAGGGAGAGGGACGGGAGGCGGAAGGGAUGGAGGGGGUGGUAGAGGCACCAGGGAUAGCAGGAGGAGCAGGAGAGGCAGGAGUAGGAAAGAAGGAAGGAGAGAGAGAGGAGGAGGGGAAGGGAGACGAAGCAUCUCUUGUCGAAGAGAGUGCUGCGUCUGCAUCCCCUGCCGAUUCCAAGGAGAUUCUAGGGUUCCCCUUCCAGGGGUGGUCUCGCGGCAGUGCAGGCAAGGCGGCAGCAGGAGGAGCAGGAGCAGGGGGAGCGGGAGGAAGAGGUUCGGGAGGAGCUUUACCGAGCCUGGCUGACUUGGCAUCUUCCUUCUCGCUCUCGCCUGUCUCUGCUGCAACGUCAACUAGCAGCCGAGCGUCCACUACUGCCUCCCCUUUCAACCCUGCUUCUGUUACUAAAAGCCUUGCUGCUGCGGAUGCUUCACCUCCCGUUGCUUCCCCUGCUUUUGCUGUAAAUGCGGCUUCGGGAUCUCCUGUUUCGACCCCUGCUGCUGCCACUGCUGCUGCUGCUGUGUUAGCAACCAAGUCCCCACCCUCAGCCACGUCCGUCCGCCGAACCUUGGACCUAGGCUCGGUAGAGUCUCCGCAGCAGGGAAGCACGGCGAGUGCAGCCAGCAGCGCAGGAGGUUCGGGAUUCGGUUCGGUGAUGACCAUGGCUGGUCCGGGAAGGUACGGGGAGGCAGGAGCAGGAACAGGAGCAGGAGCAGGAGCAGGAGCGGGAGGGGGAGCGGGAGGGGGAGCGGGAGGGGAAAGGGAGGGGGAAGGAGAGGGAGAGGAGGUGUCGCGGCCGUACACGGCACAUGGGCUCGUAUCUGCAGAUAUGGAUGAGAGUGAUGGGGAGAGUGAGAGUGGAAGAAAGGGUUAUGGGUCGAGGUACAAUAGGUUUCACGGUGGGACAGGGGAGAAGGGAGAGGAAGGGGAGGAGGAGGAGGAAGCUCAAGCAGCAGAGUCAGUUGACACGGCGGCUCCUGCUGCUGGUAUCCCUGCUGCAACACCUGCUGCUGCUGCUGCUGCUCCCGCUGCCAGUGUGGAAAGUGACAGUGCUGCUGUCACCGAAACGAGAUCCGGCUCUUUUGCCUUUGAUUUCUCAGCCGAACCAGUGCCAGAGCCAACCACAGCUGCAUCUCCAUUCCCGACGUCAUUCAGCACGGAGAGCAGAAAAACUGGGAAGGAUGAGGCCCAAUCCCCGUUGGUCAACUCCCACCCGCAGCUCCAGCCGGCUGGUGAUGAUACUUUUGAUUCCUCUCCGUUCCAUGCCAAACCGUUCGACGCUUCUCAAUUCGAUGAAGGCUUCGGCGCGUCGGCAGCAGGAGGAGGAGAAGGGCUCGGUAGGGACACUAGUGUGGGUCGCGACCCUAGCUUUAAUCAGGACACCGGCUUCGGCCGUGACUCGAGCUUUGGCCGGGACCCGAGCUUCGCGAGGGAUUCGAGUUUCAAGGGGUAUGGGGGGAGUGCGUUCGAUUCGGCCACUGGUGCUGCGAGUUUCAAGGGGGGCUUUGAUGCUAGUGCAUUCGACCAGCUUUAUGGCGCUGCUGCUGCUGGUGGUGGUGCUGCGGCAGGUGGUGCUGCUGGUGGAAGUGCGUUCGAUCAUCACUAUGGUGCAGGGGGAGCUGCUCUGGAUAACUCCUCCUCGUUCCGGUCCUCUGUUGACUCCCCGUCCGGCCCGCACUCCCGGUCUGGCGAGUUCCACCCCGGCCAAUUCCAGUCCUUUGCUAGUGGCUUCGACGAUCACUUUGACUCAACCACCUAUGGUGCGAGUGGGGGAAGGGGAGGAGGGGAGGAGGAGGAGGUGCAUAGCAGUGGGGAGGAGGACAGUGGAGGCGACCCCUUCGCCACUCUCCGCAGCAGCGGGGCGUACGGUGGCGCAGGUGGUGGUAACCAGCAUGUUACGGCAUCGCAUUUCGAUGCGUAUAACUAUGACGAGGCAUCGGAAGCGGAAACGCCGGGGUCUGCGAGGCAGGGAGCUGUGAAGCCGGGGAGUGCAAGCACGUUUGACUCGUAUGGGUGGAACGCGUUUGAGUGACAAUGAGUCAUGACGCCCUCAUCAUGGCUCUGGCUUUCCACAAGGACUGCAUUUGCUUUGCUGUCUCUCGAGAGAGGUGAAGCUGCUUUUGAGUCGACUCAAAAGCAGUCUCUCGAGAGACGUGAAGCUGUGAUGUGAAGCCGGGGAGUGCAAGUGCAUUUGAUUCGUGCAGCUGGAAAUUGGAGUGAGUUUGAGUGAUGACGCAGUCACAUCAUGUGUGCUUUGCUAGACAGUGCACGGUACCGGUACCAUGGCUUGGUCAGUACCAGUACCAGUACCAGUACCAGUACCAGUACCAUGGCUUGGUCAUUACUAAGCUAAAAAACAAAGCCAGGCAAUACCGUACCAGUGGUUUAUUUAGAGCAGGUGGGUCGCGUUCUACUGAUGAAGCCAUUGCGUUUGGGACUUGUAACUUGUUCUGGUACGGUACUGUGUGGGGGGAGUGAGCGAGCGUGUGCGGCUACAGGACAGUGUAUGAUGCUGUGCCGGUAGUGCUACUGCAUGGUGGUGUCAUCAUGAAAGUGUUUGCCUUGUGGCGUGUUCCUGCGCAGAUGAUAUGCGUUGCGUUGUGUCUGAUUUGAACGCUUGUGUGUUGUUGUGGAGUCGGCACGUCAUGUGUAAGUAUCGGUAGGUAUGUAUGUGUGGCAGGUAUCUGCUUGGAAAGUUGGACACUGCUUCUCCAAGGAUCCUUGUACCAACCAAAAUAGUGAGCAAGCAACCUUUGUCAUAAGUCUCAAAGAAGCUUAGGACACUGACUAAACUUAGGAACCUAGCUUAGCUAGGAAGGAAGGAAGGACGCCAUGGAAUGGCGUGAGGCAAGUAGAUCUAGGAGUAGGCAAAAGUGACGAGAAAGAAGAGGGUUGGACUAUGUUGGAAAUAUCUCAAGGACUUAAGCGUUUCUGAAGUAUAACACUGUACUCGAGGAAGAUUACAGGGGAGCACGCGAGUCAACGGAGGUUACACGAGGGGGCGGACAAAGAAUACGAAAGGACCCGAAAGGACUUAAGCGUUUCUGAAGUAUAACACUGUACUCGAGGAAGAUUACAGGGGAGCACGCGAGUCAACGGAGGUUACACGAGGGGGCGGACAAAGAAUACGAAAGGACCCGAAAGGUCGCAACUGGAGGUUGCGACUGACCGUUACAACAUCACGGAUGGUAACCGAAGCGGCAAUCGAGUCGCUGUGCGACUCGAUAAACCGUUCCUGUAACU